AUGUCGUCUGUGAAGCCAUGGCUUGAGUCAUGGGACGAAGAUAGGAAAGUUACCAGCAGGCUGAUUGAGUGGAACUGUGAUAUUUUCGCAUUCAAGGGUGGUAUCAGCUCGACUACCUGCUCCGCAGUGAUCAUCAACUGUUCAGGCUUCGAAGAAGUAAUCCUUGGGACUGGCCAAAGAUACUCAACUCGCCGCUUCACUAAAGUCGUGAUCAUCGGGUUGGAAAAAUACAAUCAUGGUGAUGAUCUGAGAAAACCUGUGGAACCGAACGGAGCAUGGGCAGGCCUGGCGCGUGAGCCACCAGGGUCGCAGACGAGGUGGCGCCGCAGUGUGUUUCCCGGCGGACCUUCUAAAGCGAAGUCGCUAGGGCUGGGUGAGGAAGCAGAGAAUGGAGCUGAAACAAAGCGCGAGCAAUUUUAUCGAGAGCUUCAGAGUCGAGAACCAAUCGCAGCCACCUCCGGUUUGAGCGUGAGAGGCGGAGUUAUAAUAGCACGCCGCCAAUACGCGUUUGGGCGAGUCUUCGUUGAAGGGGUUGGCUGGAAAAACUGCCGUGCUAGAGAUCUCGCAGCCAUGGCUCGCACUUGCUGCGUCUUCUCUGCGCGGGCAACCGAUGUUCUUUGGGCAAGACUAGAUGGCCUGACGCCUUUGCUGAUUCGUCUUCCUGACGAUCUCAUUUCGAAAAGACGGGAAGCCCCCCAAUAUCUCGCUCGUCCUCCACUUAGAUCUGAAGAUUUGGUCGGAACAAGGAGAACACAAUUCAGUAAACCUACGCGAUUUUUUGAGCUUCAACGGCCAUUCGGUGAUGACGACUGGAAUACGUUCUUCAAGAUCGCCGCGCGCGUUGUCGAGCUGCAUUUUAUUAGGGAGACGGAUGUUCAGAUUCAUCCAGACAUAUACAGUGCACUUUGUUGUGCGCCCUCCAAAAGCCUCUUCCCCAAGCUGCAGAUUCUGCACUGGCCAGAAUACAAAAAUAUCUUCUUCCUGAAGCGGUUGCUUGGCCCUACCGUCCUCGAUCUCAGCCUUAGUGAAGGGCCCGACGACGACGGGUCUCUAGAGACAGUGGAGGCCAUGGGCGAACUUUGCCCUAACGUUAAAACAUUUUCUUGGCACUGCGAUUUUCCUUCGGAAGAACAGAGGGAUGCUCUGUCUCGUGCUAUAUUCCGAUGGCGCAAUGUUGAGACGCUCGAGUGCUUCGACGUGGAUGACACCACAUUGAAACAUCUCAUGUCUCUCGAAUCCCUUCGGCACCUGAAUAUGUCAAUUCGCACCACUCGUUCUUAUGCCAUCGCGCAUCGCCGUAUCACCAAUCCGUUUCCUAAAGUCGUCUCUCUCUCCUUCUCAAGCCCACCUACAUGCACGCUCUCGUCUGUUGCUGCGCUCGUCAGCGCCCUUCACCCGUGUCGCGCAUCUCCGAGAGAGUUCACGGCCAGCACAAAGGAUGCUUAUGCAAACUCCCUUAAGGACCUCAUUGAUGUUAUGCCCUCCAGCUUUCACGGGGACAUUCUGGUCCAAGUCAACAUUAACGAAGACGACGAAUGGGCGUAUCACUCUCUCGAUCUCAGCACGCUGCAACCUCUCUUUUCGUUUCAUAAUCUAUCCGUUAUCAACAUCAGCAGCGGCCGAACAGUCAUCAUGGAUGACAACGAGCUCAUCCAACUCGGGGACGCGUGGCCGAAGCUCAUUUCGCUGUCCAUCAACAAGAAAUACGGCUGGGGUAAAAGUUCAGAGACCAGCUCAACGCUGACUCUUCAAGGUGUUCGAGCGAUGUUGAAGAAGUUCCCGAUGCUUCAGACGUUGGCUCUAGCGGUCAACGGUAACAGCGUGAGCAACGCCCUUUCACGCGGGAGCUACGGGUCAUUCAGCAUCGAGCGACCGUUCCGCUUGGAUCUGCUCAACUCAAGGAUAAGCACCUCGUAUAUUCCAGCCGUUGCAGCCGUUCUCGCAGACAUCUUCCCCAACUCGGAUGCUCGUGUGACGGUCCAUGCCUGGACACAAAUGUUUGAGGUGGACACCGACGCCGAGCAAUGGGGAGAAGUCGACCCGGUAGAGCUAUAUCGAGAGAGGUGGACAAGUGUGGUUGAUACUAUGGAUAUCAUUAACCGAGUCAAGCGGCUAGAAAAGCGGUUAAUUUCGGUGUGA